CUCCACUGUCGGUUAUGCAUUCCGCGCACAUUCAUCCGAUAGAACACGUAUCGAAUUCGCUUCGAACUUCCCGCGUCCCGUCGCCGAAUCUGUUGCGUGCUCCGAUCUCGUCGGAUUCGGCUAGAAUUGAUUUAAAUUAAUUUCAAUAGGUUCAAAUAUAUCUGUACCGCAUCCACUAUCACAACAUCACGUUCAACAUUGUGGUGAACUGCACGGGAAGAAAAAACAAAGUAGAUGUAGUGAGCACAUCUCCAGUGGUGGAAAUAUAACGCUCGUCUCGCGGCCGUUAAGUGGUUGUAAUGGCUCCACCGACGACUGCCAGUGCUACCACCGGAGCCGGAGAACUUUACUCAGUUGAGCACAUGAUCUGGAUGCUGGGAGGCGCUCAUCUUCACACAAACAUCGUUCUAGCGGAGAAAACCCCCAUAACGAAUUGCGAAUUCUCCUCCGGGACGUAAAAAUAAAUUUAUCAAUUGUAGUAGUCCCCGAUAACGGUGGAGGCAUCGAAUCUCUGUUGUUCUUGCGCGCAGCGAGAGCCCUUCGCAGUUCAGUGUCUUGUGGAUUAUCGAAAGCGGUGGUUACUGGAAAAAAAAACUUUGUUAAUGUUUAUGUUGUAUGAACUCGAAAAGUGGGCGUGUGUAGCCCUCAAAGUGAGUGGUUUCAAGAUUGGUGGAGUACAAGUUUUUGCCGACAACAAGAUCAGCUCUACGAGUGCAUAAAUAUCCAAUUGAGAUAACUAGCAUUACCUUGACUGCACAUAAGAAGUGCUUUGUGAGCAGAACAGCAUGUCAUGAUUUGUGCGGAUCCGUACGAUCGUCAGAUGUAGCAGGCGCAGAAAGUGAUAGUCAAAUAUAAACAAUAAUAAGUGAUCACGUCAGCAUCAUGCAAUUAUAAAAGCGCGAAACUUGGACAGAGUGCAUUGCGCCUGAGACAACACUGUAUGUGAGAUAUGGAGCUGAAGCACGCGAAGAAGGAACAUUUGAAAAAAGAUUCCCAGGAUAAGGCGAUUGGUUGCGAGUUGGGAAUAAACGAGCAAACGGGACGGGUACAGUGGUGCCCUGGAUAUCGAUUCGCGAAGCUGUUGUUCGUGAUACCUGCCGCAAUGUUACCAUUGGCGCUGCUGUUGCUUCUACUUAUUCGGCUUCAUGUCGUCGGAUCGGUAAAGAUAACAAACCACCACUAUCAACCGGUUCACUACUACACCGAUCGCACCAAUGAUUUGGAUGAGACACAAACACGGUGCCAAGCAGUGCGCAGUACAGUUCCCGAAGUGCUGGACAUUGAGGAUCGCGAUAUUCUCAAAGACCUGCGAACCUCGUUUGUUCCUAGCCGCUCUGUGAUAGUCCCACCGAGUUGCAACAAACCGAAUCGGUACGAUGAGGUACUGUCAUUUUCCGAGAAUAUCAGACGGUCUGAUUUCGCCACUUUCUUCCGCUCAAAGCGAUUCACAGCGAGGCGAAGAAAGGCGAAAAAGUCAGUGAUGCAGGCGAUCACCUGGAGCAAUGAGGGUAACCCGGAAAGCAUCCGGGCAGCACAAGUGGAGAAUAUGAAAAAAUACAUGGAUUUAUCGGCUGAUCCUUGUGAUGAUUUUUAUCAGUAUGCUUGUGGCAAUUGGGACAAAGUUAACCCAAUACCGAAGGAUAAAGCUGGAUUAGAUACGUUCGAAAUCCUCCGAGAAAGUCUUGAUAUCGUGCUGAAGAACCUACUGCUGGAGACCAACGAUGGCAGCCUGGUCGAGGUAGAGAAUACUUUGGCCGCGACGACAAAACCCCCCGAAAUGGAACAUAUUAGACGAGUGAGGAAACGCAUCAUCGGAAAACGAGCGGUGUUGAACAAGCUUGUGCUGAAGGCACAGAUCAGAAAGGUAACAAAACGCGAACUAUCAUCGCAAGUGACGCUGGAAAAUAUCGUUAAUAAUGCAGAAACCAAGGCGCGCAAUCUUUUCAUAUCGUGUAUGAAUUACAGCCGAAUUGAAAAGCGAGGACUUCAACCAUUAUUCGACCUUUUAACAUCUUUCGGUGGAUGGCCAGUGCUUGAUCCUAGCUGGCGUUCAGACAGUUUCGACUGGUUGAACAUGACGGCGCACAUACGCAAAUACAACAACGACAUUAUGAUUGUUGAGUGGGUUGGUCCGGACAUCAAAAACUCCGACGAAAACAUAAUUCAGUUCGAUCAAACGUCUUUGGGUUUACCAACGCGUGAUUACUUUCUCCAAGCCUCCAACAAGAAAUACCUGGAUGGAUACAAACAAUUCAUGAUUGAUGUGAUUGUCCUUUUGGGCGUUCAACUGGAUGUAGCUAAACAGACGGCUGAGGAGAUGAUUGAAUUCGAGAUACAACUGGCCAACAUUACCAGUUCGGUGGAAGAGAGAAACAAUGUUUCCGUACUGUACAAGAAGAUAAUUCUGGAAAAUCUUCACGAUGAAGUGCCGGAAAUUGACUGGACCAAAUAUUUGUCGAUAGUUAUGGAGCGCCCGAUGAACAGUUCCGAAUUUGUUGUGAUGUUCGCGCUUAACUACAUGAAGGAUUUGGUGCAACUGAUCAACCAAACCGAGCCACGAACCGUUGCCAACUACAUCUUGUGGCGAUUCGUAAGACAUCGGAUCAACAAUUUGGAUGAUAGAUUUUUGCAAGCCAAACAAAAGUUCUCAAAUGUCUUGUUCGGCCGGGAGAAGAAUCCUCCCCGAUGGAAGAACUGCGUAAACCAGGUAAAUGCCAACAUGGGGAUGGCGGUGGGAGCCAUGUUUGUAAGGAAGUAUUUCGACGAGAACAGCAAACGCGACACGCUAGCCAUGACCUAUGAGUUGCAGCAAGCUUUCCGUGAAAUACUGAACGAGACAAAUUGGCUAGAUAUGCCGACAAAACAUCUAGCAGAAAUGAAGGUCAACGCAAUGUCGUUAAGAAUUGGGUACCCGGAUUUCAUACUAUCGCACAAAGAACUGAACGAGCGAUAUGCCGACCUAGAAAUCGAUCAAGAAAAGUACUUCGAAAACACAUUGAAUGUUCUCAGUCAUAUACGACGAACGGAUCAGAAUAAAAUUGGCCAAACGGUGAACAAGACAGCGUGGCAUACGGCACCAGCUGUUGUGAACGCUUACUACAGUCGCAACAAAAAUCAAAUCAUGUUCCCGGCUGGGAUUCUUCAACCCCCAUUCUACCAUCGGUACUUUCCAAAAUCAAUGAACUACGGCGGAAUCGGAGUCGUCAUAGGCCAUGAACUGACGCAUGGGUUUGACGAUAAAGGACGACUGUUCGAUCGCGAUGGGAACUUGUACCGCUGGUGGAGCGAUCACGCCAUCGAAGCUUUCCACGAACGGGCAACCUGUCUAGUGCAACAAUAUGGGAAAUACACCAUCGACGAGGUGGGAGUCCAGAUCGAUGGAGAAAACACUCAAGGUGAGAACAUAGCUGACAACGGUGGCAUAAAGCAAGCCUUCCGAGCGUACACUAAAUGGCUUUCGGAGCAGACGGAUCCCGAGCUGCUGGGGAACGAAACACUACCGGGUCUCAACGUGACCAACACGCAGCUGUUCUUCCUUAACUUUGCACAAGUGUGGUGUGGAGUGAUGCGACCUGAAGCAACCCGGAAUAAGCUGAAAACAGCCGUCCAUAGUCCCGGCAAGUUUCGCGUCAUCGGAACCCUAUCCAACUCGGAUGAUUUUGCACGGGAGUAUGGUUGCCCUCCAGACUCCCCAAUGAAUCCCUCGGAAAAAUGUAGUGUAUGGUAGCUUGGGUGUAUCAUAUUGUACACUGUGUAUCUAUUCCAGAGCAAGUCAUUCCAAUUGUAUAUUCAACAAAUAAACGAUAUACGUAGCCUAAGUCAA